AUUUGGGCUGUCCAUUUCACAGAAACCCUAAUUGUAGAUAUAUUUUCAAUCUCUCGCCACCGUCGCUCCCCUUUCUUCCCCAGCCGAACGAGCAACAGCAGGAGCAGCGCGCCGAAAUGGGAUCUGGUGGUUUUCUGGCGUUUUAGUGGAAUAUGUCCAGGGCUUACAAGUACGUUUCGGAGCUAUGGAGGAAGAAGCAGUCGGAUGUGAUGAGGUUUCUGCAGAGGGUUAGGUGCUGGGAGUAUCGCCAGCAUCCGUCGAUCGUCCGAGUCACUCACCCGACUCGCCCUGACAAGGCUCGUCGUUUGGGUUACAAGGCCAAGCAGGGUUACGUAGUUUAUCGAGUGCGUGUGAGACGUGGUGGAAGGAAGAGGCCAGUUCCUAAGGGUAUUGUGUAUGGAAAGCCCACCAACCAGGGUGUGACUCAGCUCAAGUUCCAGCGUAGCAAGCGAUCGGUCGCAGAGGAACGUGCUGGGCGGAAGCUAGGUGGACUCAAGGUUCUCAAUUCCUACUGGAUCAACGAGGAUUCGACAUACAAGUACUUUGAAGUGAUCCUAGUUGAUGCUGCACACAAUGCAAUCCGCAACGACCCUAGGAUCAACUGGAUAUGCAACCCAGUCCACAAGCACAGGGAGCUUCGUGGUCUCACUUCUGCAGGAAAGAAGUACAGAGGUCUCAGAGGAAAGGGUCACUUGUACCACAAGAACAAGCCAUCGAGGAGGGCAACCUGGAAGAGGAACAACACACUUUCUCUGCGCCGCUACCGUUGAUCUUUGCUUUGCAGCGUUGUUUGUUGCCAUAUUUUUGUUCCUGACUGUAGGAUCCUUUUGAGUUUGAAACGCUGUGAGUGGUUUCGGGUCUGUGCUCCUUGGAGUUCUUUUGCUAUGUCGAGUUAUAUGAUUAUGGUUUGCGGUUUCAAUCCAAAUAUACUCAACUAUAUCUUUCGCAAUCGCAUAUGUUUCUCGAUUGUCAGAUGUUUACUUAACUAAUGGUCGAUAUCGUCUCUUUGGUG